AUGAAGUUAGAAACCUGUGCUUAUUCUGGUUACAAAAUCCAUCCUGGACAUGGGAAGCGUGUGAUUCGUUCAGAUGGAAAGGUACAAAUUUUUUUGAGUGCCAAAUGUCAGAAGGGUUCUGGUUUGAAGCGUAAUCCACGAGAUGUUCCAUGGACUGUACUUUAUCGUCGCAAACAUAAGAAGGGAAUUCACGCCGAUGAAGGUCAACAGAAGAAACGUGUUAAACGUACUGUUCAUGCUACUUCUCGUCCUGUUGCUGAUAUGACUGUGGAAGCAUUAUUGGCACAGCGUAACCAAAAACCAGAAUUUCGAAAGCAACAGCGUGAGGCUGCAAUUAAGGCGGCUAAAGAAGCUGUGCGCGCUAAGAAGGAAGAAACUAAGCGAAAGGCUGUUAAAUUGGUUAAUUUUUUUGAAAUUAAUUUAGGAAAUAAGAGGGCAUUGUAUUAUAACGCUUUUGUUGAUUUUAUAAUUUCAAUUGCGUGUCGGAACAAUGCAAAAAUAUAA